AUCGUGAAGCCUGUUAGCAGCGAUUUGGAUCAUGUAAACCCCAAGCUCACGACCUAGCUAGCUAGCACGUCACUGUUUUUAUAAGAAUAUAUUGUGAUGGAUUACUUAAUCAGUCGUUUAGAUAGCUAUCGUUCAUGAAAAACGAUGUGUUUUGUAAAGGCAUAAAACCGAAUAAAUCCAUCUGAGCAAGGCCUUCAAGUUAGCAAAUCAGAUUAGAGAUUGCUGUGUGACUAGCUGUCAAGCUAGCUAACGUUUCUGGCAAGGUUUGUAGCUUGUUAGCUAGCUAUAACGUUGGCUAUGACUAUGCAAGGAGAAACCGCCACGGCAAUACGAAUAUCAGACAGUGAAGGGAAACUGGAUGUCUUUCCCCAGAAAGGGACGCCUGGUAGUUCUGGGAGAGGGAGUUCUAAAAGCUGGCAGUACAGUGACCACAUGGAAAAUAUUGACGGUUACCUGAUGAAAUACACCAACCUGGUAACAGGAUGGCAAUAUAGGUUCUUUGUCCUCAACAACGAGGCAGGGUUGUUGGAGUACUUUGUCAAUGAGCAGUCCAGGCCCCAGAAACCUCGCGGGACACUCCCCUUGGCAGGGGCGGUCAUAUCCCCCAGCGACGAGGACUCCCACACCUUCACGGUUAAUGCCAUCAGUGGGGAACAAUACAAGCUCCGAGCCACGGACGCCAAAGAGAGACAGCACUGGGUGAGCCGGCUGCAGAUCUGCACGCAGCACCACACUGAGGCCAUGGGGAAGAGUAACCCUCCGCCCAAGUCUCGCAGCUACUCCAUGGCGUCUCAGGGGAGCGCCAGCUCGCCCCUGUCCCAGCGCAGGCCUAGCCAGCUCCAGAACCAGAACGCUGCCUCCUUCUUCAGCAUGACUCAGCUCCACAAGGGCUCCUCGCUGUACUCCUCCAAGAGGUCCCUGCUGCCCGACCAUCUGCUUGACGCCAGAGAGAUGAUGACCCAGGCCCAGGGCCAGCACCGAGACCUGAUCCAGACCAUCGAGGGCCUGCCCCCAGCCGCGGGCCCCCUCUCCCCGCUAGACCAGGACCUGCUGAUGCUCAAGGCCACCUCCAUGGCCACCAUGAACUGCCUCAACGAUUGCCUGCACAUCCUGCAGCUGCAGCAGGUGGCCCGCCAGAGGAGCUCCCUGGGAGGGCCCACCAUCGAGUGGCUGGAGCCCAAGCUGCCGGACAUCCUGAAGAAUGGCGGGCCCUUGGACAGCUUCAGCACCGAGGGAGGGCCGCUGGAGGGGAGCCUCCUGGAGCUCAGUGCCACGGAGCCCUGCAGUUUCUCAGGGGAGGAGAUUGAUGGGGAGGACGAGGUGGAGGACGCGUUCACGGAAAAGGAGGAGGAACUGGGGGCGGUGGAGGAGGAACGCAGUGUCAUCCUACACCUGCUCUCGCAGCUCAAGCUGGGCAUGGACCUCACGCGGGUGGUGCUGCCCACCUUCAUCCUGGAGAAGCGCUCCUUACUAGAGAUGUACGCUGACUUCAUGUCCCACCCGGACCUGUUCGUAUCCAUCACAGACGGCCAAGGGCCCGAGGAGCGCAUGGUGCGCUUCGUCGAGUACUACCUCACCUCCUUCCAUGAGGGCCGCAAGGGCGCCAUCGCCAAGAAGCCCUAUAACCCCAUCAUCGGCGAGAGCUUCCACUGCUCCUGGAGAGUGCCCAGGUCAGGGGAACCUGCCAAGGAUGCCCCCUCGCCCCCCUCUCCUCCCCAGGGAAGCCCCACCACCGAGGGGGAGGCCGGUAGUUACCAGUUGCGCUUCGUGGCUGAGCAGGUGUCCCAUCACCCGCCCGUGUCGGGCUUCUACGCCGAGUGCCCCGAGAGGCGGAUGUGUGUCAACACCCACGUGUGGACCAAGAGCAAGUUCAUGGGCAUGUCCAUCGGGGUGUCCAUGAUCGGGGAAGGCUGUCUGUACCUGCUGGAGCAUGAUGAGGAGUACACGUUCACGCUGCCCUGUGCCUACGCCCGCUCCAUCCUUACCGUGCCCUGGGUGGAACUGGGGGGAAAGGUUAACGUGAACUGCACCAAGUCGGGAUACUCCGCAGUCAUCACCUUCCAGACCAAGCCCUUCUACGGAGGCAAGCUGCACAAGGUGACGGCGGAGGUAAAGCACAACGCCACCAGCGCCGUGGUGUGCCGUGUUCAGGGCGAGUGGAACGGCGUGCUCGAGUUCAGCUACCAGAACGGCGACACGCGCAUGGUGGACGUCACCAAGCUGCCCGUCACCAAGAAGCGCGUGCGCCCCAACGACAAACAAGGACCAACUGAAUCAAGGCGCCUGUGGCAGCAUGUGACUGAGACGCUGCGUCAGAAGGACAUUGAAAAGGCCACGGAGUACAAGAGGAUCCUGGAGGAGAGACAGAGGACCGAGGAGAGACACCGCACAGAGACCGAAACCCCAUGGAGGACCAGAUAUUUUGAGAGCGAGGGCGAAGGCUGGAUGUAUCACAAACCACUGUGGAAAACACCCACUCUGAAAACUUAGUCCUACCGGUCAGUGAGAUCUAUCAUCGAGAACGGGUGUAGCCACGAGACUGACGCUCUCUUUUGGUUUGUGUGUGUGGGGUUAUUUCGUAAACGGUCGAGGUAAAGCGCGACCUCCACUUACAUGCAUACGGAUGCAAAAGUAUUGGGGAAAGCCCUAUAACGUGAUGAAAAGCUAUAUAGUUUCAUCUCCCACUCGAUGUACAACUCAAACCUCAAGGUAGUAGGUACAGGCUUUUGUACAGAUGAUCAUUUUUUGUAUAAUCCAUUCUGAAUGAGGACAUAUCUCCUUGAGCAGAUAAAAGGUACUCCAUUUACGCCGCGUUCACAAUCGUAUGACGACGCUCGUUUGGGUUGUUUUUAAAGUGUUCAAGAAUCACGAUUCAGCAGAGGGAUUUUUUUUUUUUUUUUUUUUUUACAGUGAUGUCGCACACGAGACCGAGCAUGGAAGUGCAUCUUUCAAAGUACACGCUUGACGUUCGACGGUGUGAACUGGAUAGCCAUAUUUUGGGAUAUGAUUGGCAAGGCCUGGGUCAUGUUCAUUAGGGCAUGCGACAGAAUGUUUUAAAACGCCUUACAACGGUAAAUUAGUUAUUGGAUAAGUACAUACAGUCCCUCCCUGUUUUGACUUUUCUUCCGUUUGGUGCCUAAUGAACAUGACCCUGCACAUGUUAUGUCACAGCUUGGAUAAGACACACACACACACACACACACACACACACACACACACACACACACACACACACACACACACAACCUGGCCUAAUGAACAUGACCCUGCACAUGUUAUGUCACAGCUUGGAUAAGACACACACACACACAACCUGUCACUACAAUGAACAAGUUUAUAAUGGGGACAAUGUUCCUGAAUUCAUACUGUAGGUAAUUCAUGACAUUACUCCUUUGGUUUUGCACAGACCUCUCCAUUUGGAUGAUUCCAUGUUUCAAAAUGAUUGACAAGGCUUGGCAUGAUACAGAUAGUAUUUUAACGAUUUAGGCCCCCCAAAGUGAAUGCAUUUGUUGAUAUGUGAUGUAUGAUAAAGUAACAAUCAUUCCUUUCGCAGUCCCAAAGGGAUAUAGUCCACCUUCCUUGAGGUAUUUUGGAAAAUGGACCGCAUGAUGAGCAAUGUCUUUUUGUGUACUACAAGUAUUAUUAUACUCUGGUUACUAUGUCUGAAUUCCACAAUUUGUUUUCUUAUGCAAACAAAUGUUUUACUUAUUUUUCUGGUUCAAAAUGAAUGUUAAUCUCCUGGAUAUCUGUCUGUUCUGAUUUUAAGAGCAGAAUAUAACUUAAUAUCGUCACCUUAUUAGUUGGUUUUGAAUGAGAUUGCUCCCUCGUGGUGUUUCUUUUCAAAAGCUACAGUUAUCACAUUUUUUGCCCCCCCCCCCCCCAAUGUAUAAAAUACACAGCACUAGUUGAGUCUCAACACCAAUGCAGUCAAUAUCAGCCUGGAAAGGUUCUCCCAACCCUUUUUUGAUAGGCAGAAUGCAAAGAGAAGACCUGCUUGACGCAUGGGAUUUGACUUGAACUCUGCAUUGAUAAGCUACUCUCUCCACGUCAUGGUGCCUUAAUCACUCUUCCUGUGUGCUUCUUCCAGUCCAAGAGUAUAGCAUACCCCCCCACCCCCAGGGCCGGAUUACCGCAUUUGGAAGUCAGCUAAUUUAUAGCAGUUUCAUACUGCUAUUCUACUCAUUUUGGCAUGGGCCUGAGAACAAUUUGCUGUUUUAAAGCUAUAUUGAGGCAAUUCUACACAUGAUGCUUUCUGGGGGGCCCCGACCUCCAAGGGGAAGCAAUGCCGGGGCACAUGCCCUGCGUGCCAGUUCUGUAAUCUAGCCCUGUUUGUUUCCCCCCGUCACCGCUAUGAAUGAUGCAAUAGUAUGUAAAUAUUGGUUGUUUUGAGGUAUUUGUGGCAUUCUUUCCUGUUUUGAAGAAAGAUAUGUUGGAUGCGCAGACCCCUGAAUGGUGUUAUACAAGUUGACUUUGUUGUUUGGAAUAUUACUCGUUUGUCUUGCUGACCUGUGAAAUGCACUGACGUUGAAGGAAACAUGACUCUCCUUGUAGACUAAGAUAUGUGUGGUAAUGACUGAUUAAAUAAAUUGCCUAUCAAUUGA